AUGACCCCAAUACAUAAACACUUGGGUCUAUCGGCAAGCACAAGAUUGUCGGCUGGUCAAACACCGUUGUUCACGGCAGCCGGAAAUGAACACGAGGCAGUGGUCAAACUUCUACUUGAACGGGGGGCUGAUAAGGAAGCAAAGAGCAGUACUGGCAGAACACCGGUUACAUGGGCUGCAGAAAAUGGACAAAGCGCGAUUGUCAAGCUACUGGUCGACAAAGGGGCUGACAUGGAGGCAAGAGAUAGAAGCUUUGCUCAAACCUCAUCGUCUGCCGAAGAACAGAAAGGAGUUAAUUUCCAACAAGUCAGCGCUGGUAUGACACUACUGAUACGGGUAGCACGGAAUGGAAACGAGGCAGCUGUCAGGGAGCUACUUGACCAAGGGGCUGACAUGGAGGCAAAAGACAUAGGCUUUGGCCGAACACCGCUGGUGUGGGCGGCACGGAAUGGGCAUAUUGGAGUGGUCAAUCUAUUGCUCAGCCGGGGCGUUGACAUAGAAGGGAAGGACAGCGGUGGUGCAACGGCGCUAUCCCGGGCCGCAGACAAUCGUAGGGAGGACGUGGUCCAACUACUACUCGACAAUGGUGCCGACCUCAACACAAGGAACUGCAAUGACCAGACACCACUAUUGAUAGCAGCAGGAGCGUGGGGAGGCACAUUUAGUCUCAGGUUUCUUCUCAAGAAGGGGGCAGAUGUCGAAGCUGCGAUGCAUGGCGGAUGGACACCACUUACUUGGGCGUCACAAUUCAAUCAGCUGGAGUCAGUCAAAUUACUCCUUAAACACGGGGCGAAUAUCAACGCUGCAAGAAACGACGGAUGGACAUCAGUGAACGCUGCCUCAAAAGUCGGUUGCCUUGAGGUGGUCAGACUACUGCGUGAGCAAGGUGCUGAUAUCAGAACGACGAACCAUCUUGGAUGGUUGCCACUACAUGCCGCCUCGUGCGGUGGCCAUCUGGAGAUUGCCAGAUUGCUACUGGACAGGGACAUAGACGUCAUUGAUAUUGGAAAUAAAGACGGCUGGACGCCACUACAUGAAGCCUCGUCUCAUGAUCAUACUCAGGUCUGCAACUUGCUAUUACAGAAAAAGGCAGACAUAGGAUUGGCAGAUCACCAGCGUCGCACGCCGCUAUACAUAGCCUCACAAAACGGUCAUUCCGAGGCGGUUAAACUACUCCUCGAGAAUGGAUCGGAUAUCAACGUCACGACCAGCGACGGAUGGACGCCAGUGAAUAUGGCUUCAAGUCGUGGUCAUCUUGAUAUAGUCACGCUUCUGCUGGGGUACAAUGCCGAUACUACAGUCGCAAACGAUGACGGGACAACACCUCUGCACUCUGCAUCUCUCAGCGGGUACCCCCAGGUGGUGAAGAUUCUUCUCGAUCAUGGGGCGGAACCCACCCUUGCAGAUAAGAAAGGAUUCACACCUCUGCACACGGCUUCAGAAAACGACCAUCUUGAGGUAGUCAAGCUAUUCCUCGAGGCUUCAGAAACUAGCCUCGAUGUCCAGGAUAGGUGCAGUCGGACACCUCUCUUCAUUGCUGCUGCAAGAGGUCGGACCGAAAUAGUACGGUUGCUUCUUUCAUAUCCUGCUCUUACGAACGCGAAAGACCGCCAUCAAACGACUGCGCUCUGCGCGGCAAUUCGCAAUGGACAUGAAGAAGAGGUUGAAGCUCUACUUCCCUUGACAGAUAUUGCAGCCCACUUUGAGGAUGGACUCGGGCGGAGUUUGGCCUGGUGGGCGACGAAGUCUGGGCGUGUCAAAAUCAUCAACCUGGUGCGGCAAUGGGCCCAGAAAAUGGAAUUCGAGAUUUGCGAGAGUGACCUCAGUGUUGAGUCCUCUUCAGUCUCAUCCAAUGAACAUAGUAAAUUGUGCGACGUAUGCACUCGCUUCAUUACGUCUAACGCCUACUACCGUUGCAAAGGUUGCAACGGAUUUGAGAUAUGUCAGGAAUGUUCUGAAAUCGGUAUCCAAUGCCUCGAUAGCUCUCAUGAGUGGAUCCUCCAUAGCUCUGAAGGUUUGGGUGCUUAA